AUUUUCAAACUGCGGCUGGCUUGACCGCAGUCAUCCGCUGCGUUAGUUUUUAGCUGUACAAAACAGCUCAUAUGGUGCUUGUUAUUGCAAACUGGUAUUUCUUACCAACCAUAUUAUUAAUUGUCGUAAUUAUAGUUUUGCCGUUUACUGCACAUUUUUUUAGACUUAGCGGCACAUUCACAGAAAAUAGCUUGCAAAACUUAAGGUGCAACUUAGAGGAAUACAACUAGCCUGUUAACAUGUGUAUUAAUAUUUUAAUUAAAGUAAUGUUCGUUUUGUUGCCAAGUUGAUGUUGACUAGUUUGGUAUUGACUAUUUCUUCUUCGCAGAGGCUUUAAGAUAAUACAGUAUGUUCAACUCAAAUCAAUAUUUCAUGUCCUUGUAUUUAUUUAUUUUGUGAGUACGUUAACCAGCGUAGUAACCGCGGAAUAAUAUAUAAUUAACCGGAAUAUAAUUCCGUUUAGGAGUCCUCACAUUGUCGAGGUUUAUUUACUGAUAACACCAGCUCACUUUUCUCUUGGACAAGAAACUUUUUUUCUUCAAAUGUUGACCAUAUCUUAACUUAGCCCUAAACUAGAUCAUAAACUAAAAACCCACUAUUCUCAAGCGAACACCUCACUAUUCUCUUCUUGGUUUUAAAACUACAAUCUAAACAGCAAUAUUUGUAUUCACAGAUGCGAAACUGCAGCGUUUCUUUCUUCUUCCACUAGAUGGCUGUGCAACGACAUGUAAAUAAAACCUAUAAAUAAAACUUUUUUUAAUUAGCUGAAAGUGGUGUUUUCAUAAUUUCAGGAUACAUUUACACGUUUGUAAGUUCCAAUAAAAAUGCAGCAGACUUUAAUAUCUGUUCCAAUUUACCAUACUAGUUUACAAUCUGUCAUCAUAAAGACCACAUAGACCUCCUUGGCCUAUACUAAAAACAUUAAAUGGACCUUACAUGACAGCUUUCUCUUUUAAAAGAUUUUAGGGUUUAAUUUAGUCCAAAGACUAGGUUUUAAUUAAGUCUAUAUGUGAUUUGGAUUUUCAUGGAAGGUCAUGUUGUAACUACUGAGAUACUCAGAAGUACAAAGAUAUUUUAGCUAUAAAAUAAUCUAAUAUUUGUUAUGUCCUUUUGGAUUUUAUAAAUACCAUAAUUGGUCAUUAAUAUUACAGGCAGCAGCCAUUGUACAUUUCUACCAUCUUAGAAUAUUAUCUUGGAGCACAUUAGAAUUUUGAACAGCAAUAUUCAUAUCCUACGGAAAGAGAUGCAUGAUAUUUCCUUAAAACAAUGACUUGCAAAGCUCCAAAAACAGAGAUUUGGACAACAACACCUACAGUCAUGCUGCGCUGAGUCAGUUUGAUCUCUCACUUGAUGAGAAAAAUUCUGUUUCUGCCUCUUCAGUAGCAGCUGUCUCAUUUUCUCUCCCAUUGUUUUCUUUCACACACUGGUCAGACUGAAGAUGAUGGAUAAGCUCUUCAGAACAGACAGAAUAACUUAAUGUACUAAGAGCAAAUACCAACAAACCCAGCAAAUUGAUAUUAGUAGUGUGUGCAACCACUUGUGUGAUCAUAAGUUGCAGACGUCAUAUCACAAAUUCACAAUAUAUAAAUAUUCUGAUGUUUUUCUUUUUUCUUUCUUUCUUUUUUUCUUUUUGUCCUAAGCUAUCUGGCAUGUCAUUACCAAAAUACUCAGGUUAGGAAAAGGCUGCUAAAUUGUGCUCUUGCUCUCCUUUCCAACAGCAAGUUGUCUCAUUCACUCUAUAGCAUUUGCUUGAAUAAGAGCAUGAUCAUAUAUUGUAAAGCUACCCAAAGGAUAAUGGGGGAAAAUGUGUUAAUUGCAUUAAAUACUGUUAAACUGAAAAAAAAAAAAAAACUGAAAAAAUUAAUUGCAUGCAUUUACACAUAAAUUUUGACAGCACCAAGGUUAUAAUCGUUAACGAAAACGAACGAAAAAAAAACUAGGUGGGGAAAAACAUUGUCGUUAAGUGAAAUUAAAUAAAAACGAGGCAUUACAAAAAAACGAUAACUAACUAAAACUGUAAUGUGUGUUUGGCAAAAAUAAAAUAAAAUAAAAUUAUAGAUUAAAUGUCCUUAGUUUUCGUCUUUAUCAAUGUCUUUCAUAGAGCAAAUAACGUUUAGCUGCAUUUCUUUUCCCUGCGUCUCUCACAUACACGCGCGCGCGCACACACACACAUCCCCUCCCCUCCGUGCACACCGCGUCUCCAUGAGAACGAGUGUUCGACUUUGAAAGCAAGUUCGCUAAAGCAUACGAGCCCCAAAGCAGAAAGACCAGGCCAUUGAGGUUCCUGCUGAGCCACAGGACCACAGCAUCUGUGAAGAGCUCCCAGCCUUGACCCUCAUGAGAGCAGUCCAUUAUAGCGUCCCGGUGAAAUGAGUGGGUUGACAAGAUCAUCACAGGUGGCUUACAAGCGAUGGAAAGACGCUGAUAUCAGUGUUCAUGAGGAGCAGUCUGGGAAUAAUGAGCCUAGCAAAGAAGGAGUUUGCACUAUGCUGGAGCAAGAGGAUUUGGGGGACAGCAAGACCAGAAGCUCUGGAAUGUCAGAAACAUUUACUGUGGAGGAAGCAGUUGAAGCUAUUGGUUUUGGAUGCUUUCAGUGGAAGCUGUCUAUGCUAACUGGAGUUGCGUGGAUGGCUGAUUCUAUGGAAAUGAUGCUCCUUAGUAUUGUAACUCCUCAACUGCGCUGUGAAUGGAGGCUCUCAAGCUGGAAAGUGGCAUUCAUAACAGCGGUAGUGUUCAUUGGAAUGAUGCUCAGCUCCUCACUUUGGGGAAACAUUUCAGACAAGUAUGGCCGAAAAGUGUGUUUAACACUGUGCAUGCUGUGGACAUUGUUCUAUGGGCUUUUCAGUGCUUUAGCACCUGUUUAUAGCUGGAUCUUAGUCUUGCGAGGCCUCGUGGGAUUUGGCCUGGGAGGAGCCCCUCAGUCUGUGACAUUAUAUACUGAAUUCCUCCCAGUGAAAACCAGAGGGAUAUCCAUAAUCCUGUUAGGGGUGUUCUGGGCCUUGGGUGCCGUGUUUGAAGUGUUACUGGCUAUAGUGGUCAUGCCCACAUUAGGCUGGAAAUGGCUGCUAGCUUUCUCCACUUUUCCUCUUGUUGUCUUUGCUGCCUCCUGCUGUUGGUUACCAGAGAGUGCUAGAUUUGAUGUACUGAGAGGCAGAGGAGACAAGGCCCUGAAGACUCUGAAACGUGUAGCAGCGUCUAAUGGGAGCACUAUGCCUACAGGAAGACUUAUAGCCAACACACAGAAUGAUCGUGGGAGAAUUAGAGAUCUUUUUAUUCCAGAAUACUGCAAGACAACACUUCUGGUCUGGUUUAUCUGGAUAUGUAGUGCUUUUUCAUAUUAUGGUCUUGUGCUGCUAACCACUGAGAUGUUCCAAGCAGGAUCUGCGUGUAGUGUCACUGACAACUCAAGUAUGGAACCUCUGUGCAAUUUGGAGUGCAAAUAUCUGACUACUGAUGAUUAUAAGGACCUUCUGUGGACCACCUUAGCAGAAUUUCCUGGUAUUCUGGUCUCCGUGUGGAUGAUCGAUCGAAUUGGCCGGAGAAAAAGCAUGGCAUUUUUUUUUUUAGCGUUCUCUCUGUGUAUCUUGCCACUGUACGCCUGCACACAAAGGACAGUUCUCAUAGUCUUUAUUUUCAUUGCUCGAGCCUGUAUAACAGCAGGCUGGCAGGUUGCAUAUGUUUAUACACCUGAGGUUUUCCCUACUGCAACCAGGGCUAUUGGUAUUGGUACAAGCAGUGGGAUGGCUCGUGUUGGAGCUCUCAUCACACCAUUUAUUGCUCAGGUACUUCUGAAAACAUCAGUUUACCUGGCUCUGUCUGUGUAUUUAAUAUGUUGUUUGCUGGGCACAGUAGCAUCCUGGGCUUUGCCCAUGGAAACAACAGGGCGGAGCUUACAGGAAUCAACUCAAAACACCAUGGAACAAAAACACAUGGAAAGGCCGCAUGGCUCUGAGACAGCCGAAUCCUCCAGCAACACAUCUCCUUAACAGCACAUGGAAAACUGAAACUGUUUGAUAUCAGAAAAACAAUGUAUAAUCAGGCCAUUCUGGUAUAUACUAAAUGUUGUGUAAGUCCAUUCUAAAUGUACUGAUUCAUCAGAGAUUUUUAGAAAAACAAUAAUAUGCAUGUAUUAUGCUCAUAAAAUGCUAACUUGUGUUUCUGGUCUUUUUUCUUUUGAAAUGGUACAUAAACCCGUUUAUGAUGCCAAGUACUUGUGUAAAUAAAAGACCCAAUGAAAUGGUUUGACAAGUGUA